AUGUGCUCAGUCCGGCUUGUUGUUCAGCCUCCAACGGGCUGUCAAGCUUCUCUCAUCAUCGCACCAUGGGGAAAGGAUGCUGCCGAUAAUGGUCGUACGCCGGCUUCUUCUUCGGCGCCUGCGGUGCUCGGUCCCUUCGAAGACUUGCUGGACUUACAGAUCAAGGCUGACAUUCCCGCUGGACAAGACGGCGAUGGUGCUGCCGGGGUCGCUGGUGCUGCUGCUAAGGAGGACGGAAAGGUGGCCGCUGAUGGUGAGGCUGAUGCGGAUGCUGCCGCGCAGGAGGAUGAGGAUGCUGCGUCUGACCAGGCUCCUGAUGACGACGACGAUGGUUACCUGAGUGACGACUCCGAUGAACAUCUGGAACCGACUUCGCUUGGCAGCAUUAUCGCUUUGAAACGCUUCUCGCUAACCUUGCUGGUGCCGUUUAACAGGAAACCCGAAGUCAAGCGCACUGCUGUAACUGUGGCUGCCUUGCUGGAUGAUUGGAAGGAUCAGCUGUCGCCGGACGUGCUGCAGACGACAACUUAUCAGGAGCUUACUGCGACUUAUUUCUCUGGCGUGCGUUAUGGUCUCCUUCAAGUUACCUUCAACCACAACUUGAGCGCCUCCCCGUAUACCAUUCUUCUUGGCGACCUGAACAUCGUUGCGGACCCUGUGCUUGACAAGUCUUCGAAGUUGGGUACACCAGCGGAAAACCAGAGGCUCCUGCAGAUCUGCUCGAGAUGGGAUAUGCAAGACGCUUUCCGGUGCCUCCACCCGACCCGGAAGGAGUACACCUUCUUCUCAAGGUCUGCAAAAACAAGCACACGGAUUGACAGGGUGUUAGUUUCACAUUCUCUUCUCAACUGCGUUACAGAGGCGAAGCAUAGAAUGGUCCCAUACGGUUUAACAGACCACUGGUUUGCGGUGUCGGUGUCGCUCAAGGCUGCAUCGGCAGAUGACCACGGACCAGGGUUGUGGAGGCUUCAAGCACCUCAUGCCGGGGGCGAGGGUGUCCGGAACAUCAUAUCGGCGGUCUUGGCUUCCCAGGCGAAUUGUCCGGAUCAGGGCCUGGAGAGAUUGGUGACGUGUCUGCGGGCAAGCAUGAGGGCGCAUGUAGCAGAAGAGAGGAAACGGGUUAAGGCGACCAUGGUACACUUGGAGCAGAAGGUGGAAGAGCUAAGAUGGAAAGUGAUGUCUGACCCUUCGUCGCAGGCGUUGUACGAAGAGCUGGUACGGUGUGAGGUGGCUCUGAAGCUCUACCAAGACAGCAACAAGGAGCGGUUGCAAGUUCUGACGGGGAUGAUGCAGGAGCUGGCGGGUGAGACUCCAUCGGGCUUCCUGUCCGGUUUGGUCAAGUCCAGAAAAGCGAAAACUGAGAUUGCGGAGCUCACCUUCAAGGGGGUAUUGAGGAAAGGAGCGAGCGAGGUGCUGCAAGCGGCCUCUGAGCAUUUCCGUGAGGCCUACGCGUUGUCGCCGACGUCCUCGCCUGUGGAGCCGUGGCCGAUUGAAGAGGGACGAACGCUGCAGGAGUGUGAUCGCCGGCAGCUGGACAGCGAAUGGUCAGAACAGGAGGUGAAAGUGGCGUUGAAAGGCUUACCGGCGGGGAAAGCCCCGGGGCAGGACGGCUUGCCGAAAGAGUUUUUCGAAAGGAAUUGGGAGCUGCUGGGUCCGGCGGUGAUGAAGGAAGUCAGGACCUUUGAGUCAACGGGUGUGCUUUCGGAAUCCUUUACGACGGCGGUUACGAUCCUUCUGCACAAAAAAGGCGACAGGGGGGAUUUGGGGAAUUAUCGACCGAUCACAUUACUGAGCUUCUUCUACAAACUGCUAGCGAAGGUGUUGGCGAAUAGAAUCAAGGUGGUCCUACCGAAAGUGAUCUCCGGUAACCAGUUCGGCUUCCUUCCGGGGAGGAGUCUCGCUGAUGCUGUCUCGCUGGUAGCGGAUGCGAUUGACGCUGCGGAGCAGGAAGACGAGGACUGGCUGCUGUUGUUGGUUGAUUUUCAGAAAGCUUAUGACUCGGUAUCGCGGGACUACCUUUUCACGACACUGGGCAACAUGGGCUUUUCGGAGAAGUUCACGAGAUGGGUGAAGGGUCUUCACGAUGGAGCGGCGACCAGAGUGCUGUUGAACGGCUGGAUCGGGGAACGGGUGGAGAUGGACAAAGGUGUUCGGCAGGGUUGCCCGCUCGCCCCAUACCUCUUCCUCUGCGCGGUUGAGCCACUCUGCCAGGAAAUAGAACGGAGGAAACUGGGGGUCAGGAAGAGGGGGGUGAAAGGGAGCUUGGACUACAUUGGUUAUGCAGACGACACGACGCUGGUCCUGAAGGGCAAGGAACAGGUGGUAGUGGCUGAGAAACUGUUGGGGGAGUUCGCGGAGAUCUCAGGGCUGAAGGUGAACCGGGAUAAGACGACACUGAUGCCGCUCGGUAAAAACCUAAGGAGGCUGCAGCCGAUAACGUCGUCCUUCAAGUGGGCGGAGAAGAACGCGUCUGAAAGGCUGCUCGGAAUCUGGAUCACCUCUGGUGGCUCGCCGGGACCUGCAUGGGACAAGGCCUUUGAAAAAGUUAGCGCGGUGCUGAGCUGCUGGGAGAGCAAGCACCUCAAAACAUCAGCGCGAGUUACAAUCAUAAACUGUUAUGUGAUGCCGAUCCUGCUCUUCCAGGCGCAGAUUUACGCCCCACCGUACGAUGUAUGGACCAAAGUGAAGAGGCUGUGCCACAAUUUCAUCUCGGGAGGGAAGGCGCUCCUCGACAAACACUUCACACUAUGGAGCUACGAACUGUCCUGCAGAGAACGGAAAGAGGGGGGCCUGGGAGUGAUUGACUUGAGGCACCGGAUUGACAGCAUGGUGAUCCAAGGUCUGGGGAAAGCCCUGGCGGAGCAAGAGCCACUUCGGAACUGGUUGUGGGAGAGGGCGGCGGCUUUUCCCCUCGGCUUGGCCACGGUUUACGCGCAUCCUUCGAUCCUGAAGACCUGGCUGGGGGGUGGCACGAGGUGGAAAGCCACUAUUAAAACGCUGUGGGACUCGAAACUGGUGGUCAUAGGGGACUCGGCUCACAGGUGGGACGCGGAGGGGGAGCAGUUAUUGUUCAAUCGAAAUAUCUUCUUCAGGGGCAGAUCACCUUUCGGUAAUCAGGCGGGCUCGCUCUGUCUGAAGGACGUCCGUCUGGGGGAUCUGGUGGUGAUGGGAGGGGAUGGCAGCAGAUCUCGUAAGAGCGAGGAGGUUUUGGAGAGGGAACUGGGAGGGGUGGAGCAGAGGAAGUGGGCCCUGAAGGCGUGGGAUGCGACACCACAGAGUUGGAAGGAUCUGGUACUCAAGCAACUGUCGGCGGAGGAGGUUUUCAGGGAAUCGAGGCUGGUCCGCUCUUCGUCUUACCGCCCAGGAGAGUUCUUUUACUACCAGCUGCAGUAUGUGAGCAAUGGCGAACUUCACGGUCGGAGAGUGACGGUGGACAAGAAAGGGAACAUAGGCGAGGUGGAAUAUGCUAGCGUGAAUGUGGUUCGGUGUAUGAAUCCGGGCAGGGACAUGCGUUCGCUCGGGGACAUGCUCUUCCAAAAGAGUGGCACAUCGACUGGCUUUCCUGAGGCAGCAAUCAUAUCCAUCACAGCGCACCAAGUUUGGCUGGAAAGGUGCAACGCGGUUUUCCGAGGGAGCCGUUUCCAGCCAAAGAGAGCUUUGAGGCGCAUGGCAGUUGGCUUCACGAGGCACGUGAAGGUCUACAACAGAGCGCGGAAGAAAUCGGCUGGCAGGAUUGCGUCGAAAAGGACGGGUGACUGGAGCCACUUGAAUGCUGACGAGGCAAGUGCUAUGUGUAGGCUCUACGAGACAGAGGCCUCCAUGACGUGGAGAGUUGGUUUCAAGAAGAUCUGGGAAGAUAGCGGUGUAGCGUUCCAGCCUCCGUAA